AUGACCCCAUCAUUAUCACCCAAUUUAAUGUCUCAAAAGCAAUCAAGGACAGCAUUCAUUCUUGUAAACUUUGGAAAGUGUGGUCUUGCUUCAUCACUUGGAUCCUUCCAAGUCAAGUAUGUGAAUCCCAUCACAAAGCUUUGCAUCAUUAGAGCUUCAAGAGAAGAGUACCAAAAGGUUUGGUCUGCCAUCACCAUGGUUAGGAGUAUUGGAAAUUGCCCCGUUCUAUGUAACUUGUUGGACCUAAGUGGGAGUAUAAAGGCUUGUAGAAAUGCAGCCUUGAAGUGUGAUGAGCUAAAAUUUGAGCAGUACAAACUUCUUGUUGGGGCUCGUCUCUCAGCUGAUGCUACACAGCAGAUGCAAAAUUGUCUUGAUAAGAUCAAAGUUUUGGAGCAUUGAAAGUACUGCAUCUGUGGUGACAUGCUGCUUAGUCUGGUGUACAAUGCCUUUUGGUUUCAAAUUUCUCUGUCUUUCUGAUUAUGUAUAGAGUCUUUCUCUAAAUUAUUGAGUGUUGUUUCUUUGCCUUUCAGUCAAUUUUCCUGGAAGAGCUGAAUCUCCUCUUCCCUGACACCCUGGGGCCAAAAUUUAUAUAUAUAAAAUUCCUUGAAGAGCUUAUGUCUUA